AUGUCGUUCUCCUCUAUCAAAGGCCUUCUCUCCAACUACUCUCCAGUGUCCGAGGAGUUUCCUGCGGAUCUGGAGAAGGACGCCCAUGCUCCUCUCAAUGACGGCGAAGCUUCCGGCUCGGCUGCCAAGCCGAAAGAGUCCAAAAUCAUCGAUGGACGAACAGUGUCGGACGCCAUCAUCGGUCUUUCAGAUGGCAUGACAGUGCCCUUUGCUCUGACUGCCGGUCUUUCCGCGCUGGGUGACACCAAAGUUGUUGUGUUUGGUGGGUUGGCGGAGCUGAUUGCGGGCGCCAUUUCAAUGGGACUGGGAGGAUAUUUGGGCGCAAAAAGUGAAGAACAAUCCUACCGUGCUACAUUAAAAGAAACCGAAAACGAAACCAUCAAAAACCCAUCUUCAGUCACAGAAACCAUCUCCGACAUCUUCGCCCCAUAUGAAAUCCCCUCGGAACUCGUCGCCCAACUCACAACUCACCUCUCCUCCUCCCCCAUGCUCCCUUCAUUCCUCAUGAACUUUCACCACACCCUCCCAGAGCCAUCCGACUCGCGGGCCGUGAUCUGCGCUUUGACAAUCGCCCUGGGUUACUUUAUCGGCGGCUUUGUGCCAUUGCUCCCUUACUUCUUCGUAGGACCGAAUGACGCAUUUCUGGCGUUGCGUUGGUCGAUUGCCACGAUGAUCGUCGCUCUCUUCCUGUUUGGGUACGGCAAGACCUGCUUUGUUAGUGGCUGGAAAGGUUCCCGAAAUAUCCGACGAGGUCUGAUUGGAGGAUUGCAAAUGGUCCUGGUAGGAGGUAUUGCGGCUGGCUCUGCUAUGGGCUUGGUCAAGGGGUUUCAACUGCUGGCUUCUGAUGGACAGUAA